AGGGCCUGGCGAUGCCUGUUCCGCCUGCAGCUCGCCCUGUUUGCCAACUCGCUCAUGCUCCUCGGCUCCAUCUUCAUCUGGCGUAGCACCGUCAGCAAUCUCAAGCAUUCCCCGGCUGCAGAGUCAGCCUGUUUCCAGCUCUGGAAGAUGAUCGUCGCGGCCUUCCUGGCCCUGGCGCAUUCCAGCUUCUUCACCAUGAUCUUUCUAGUGGCCGAGGAGCCCUAUCUCUUUUCCCUGGUUGCCUACACCUGCCUCGGGGCGUAUGUCAUCAUGCUCUGCUUCCUCUGUGUCCUCAGCAGCAUGGAGCAGGCCUACCAGCUCCUGGCCUGGCGUGCCGGCAGGGCAGUGGGCAGCCUUGACAAGACCAGGAAGCUGGCCCUCCGGCCGGCACUGGCAGUAAUGGUAACCACUGUGCUCAGCGUGGUGGGGCUGCUGAACGCCGCCCAGCCCCCAGCGGUGACCACUGUGGAGGUGCCCGUGCAUCGGCUGCACCCCUCCAUGAACAGCCUCAAGAUUGUGCUCCUCUCGGACAUCCACCUGGGCCCCACAGUGGGCAGGACCAAGAUGGACAUGUUCGUGAGGAUGGUGAACACGCUGGAGCCGGACGUCACGGUGAUCGUGGGCGACCUGUGCGAUUCCGAAGCCUCUGUCCUGCGCACAGCUGUGGCUCCUCUGGGCCAGCUGCGUUCACGCCUGGGCACCUACUUCGUCACAGGCAAUCACGAGUACUACACGUCAGAUGUCAACAACUGGUUUGCGCUGCUGAUGUCCCUGAACGUCCAGCCCCUCCACAAUGAGAAUGUGAGGAUUUCUGCUCCCGGGGCCCACCGUGAGGAUGACGACUGGAUCUGCCUGGCUGGGGUGGACGACAUCGCAGCGAACAUGCUGCACUACACUGGCCAUGGCAUGGACCUGGAGAAGGCCCUGGAGGGCUGCAGCCCAGACCACCCCACCGUCCUGCUAGCUCACCAGCCCCUGGCUGCCAAGAGAGCCCUCCAGGCCCGGCCAGAUAUUAACCUGAUCCUUUCUGGGCACACGCAUGCUGGGCAGAUCUUCCCCUUGAACGUGGCAGCCUAUCUCCUGAACCCCUUCUUUGCUGGUCUCUACCAGGUGGCCGAGACUACAUUUGUAUAUAAUGCCACCCAGAGAACAUUCCAGAUCGACUACCACCGUAACCGCUUCCUCAAGGAUGGCCAGCCCUUCCGCUACAUCUCGGGAAGCAUCCACUAUUUCCGCGUGCCCCGCUUCUACUGGAAGGACCGGCUGCUGAAGAUGAAGAUGGCUGGGCUGAACGCCAUCCAGACGUACGUGGCCUGGAACUUCCAUGAGCUGCAGCCUGGACGGUACAAUUUCUCCGGGGACCAUGAUGUGGAACAUUUCAUUCAGCUGGCACAUGAGCUGGGACUGCUGGUCAUCCUGAGGCCUGGACCCUACAUCUGUGCAGAGUGGGACAUGGGAGGAUUACCUGCUUGGCUAUUGGAGAAAAAAUCUAUUGUUCUCCGUUCUUCAGAUCCAGAUUACCUUGCGGCUGUGGACAAGUGGCUGGGGGUCCUUCUGCCCAAGAUGAGGCCCCUCCUCUAUAAGAACGGAGGCCCGAUUAUAACAGUGCAGGUUGAAAAUGAAUAUGGCAGCUACUAUUCCUGUGAUUACGACUACUUGCGUUUCCUGCAGAAGCGUUUCCACGACCACCUGGGUGAGGACGUGCUUCUGUUCACCACGGACGGGGUGAAUGAGAAGUUCCUGCAGUGCGGGGCGCUCCAGGGGCUCUACACCACCGUGGACUUCAGUGCAGGUUCCAACCUCACAGCUGCUUUCAUGCUCCAGAGGAAAUUUGAGCCCAGAGGACCCCUGAUCAAUUCUGAAUUCUACACUGGAUGGUUAGAUCAUUGGGGCCAACGUCAUUCAACAGUCAGCUCUAAAGUGGUGGCUUUCACCCUUCAUGAUAUGCUUGCUCUUGGGGCAAAUGUAAACAUGUACAUGUUUAUAGGUGGCAGCAAUUUUGCCUAUUGGAAUGGAGCGAACACGCCCUAUCAACCACAGCCCACCAGCUACGACUAUGAUGCCCCGCUGAGCGAGGCCGGGGACCUCACGGAGAAGUAUUUUGCUCUGCGGGAUAUUAUUCAGAAGUUUGCAAAAGUACCGGAAGGUCCUAUCCCCCCAUCCACACCAAAGUUUGCAUAUGGAAAAGUUGCUCUGAAAAAGUUAAAGACAGUGGAGGAUGCUCUCAACAUCCUGUGUCCCUCUGGACCCAUAAAAAGCGUUUAUCCCUUGACGUUUAUCGAUGUGAGACAGUACUUUGGAUUUGUGCUGUACCGAACAACACUCCCUGAAAACUGCAGCGACCCUACACCCCUCUCUUCGCCAUCCAGUGGCGUCCAUGACCGGGCCUAUGUCUCUGUGAACGGGGUUGCCCAGGGAGUCCUUGAACGAGAAUCUGUGAUCACCCUGAACAUAACAGGGGAAGCUGGAGCGACCUUGGACCUCCUGGUGGAGAAUAUGGGGCGUGUGAACUAUGGCUCAUAUAUCAAGGAUUUCAAGGGUCUUGUUUCUAACCUGACCCUUGAUUCCAAAAUCCUCACCAACUGGGAGAUCUUCCCACUGGACAUGGAGAAUGCAGUACGCAGUCACCUGGGGACCGGGGGUGGCGGUGACAGGCGCUACCACAAUAAAGCCCGUGCACACAGCCCCCCUACCUACGCACUCCCGACCUUUUAUGUGGGUAACUUCACUAUUCCCAGCGGGAUCUCAGACUUGCCUCAGGACACCUUCCUCCAGUUUCCUGGAUGGACCAAGGGUCAGGUGUGGAUCAAUGGCUUUAACCUCGGCCGCUACUGGCCAGUGCAGGGCCCGCAGAUGACCCUGUUUGUGCCUCAGCACAUCCUGGUGACCUCGACCCCGAACAUCAUCGUGGUGCUGGAGCUGGAGCAUGCGCCCUGCCAGGAUGGUGGCCCGGAACUGUGCACCGUGGAGUUCGUGGACAAGCCGGUUUUUCGCACAGUCCAGACCCACAGACAUGCAAACUAGGAGCAAGACUCAUGGCCGACUCCCUGGGACAAAGACUGUGACCCUUCAGAAUUCUAGCCUUGCACAUACCUCACCUGCCACUCGGAAGGCCAGCAUUCACUUCUGAUUGGAAGAUGGGCUAGGCGUGUGCUUACCUAGGUUUUCCUGGCACACCCCGGCGGUGCCUGACACACCCCGUCCAGGCUGCGUGGUCAUGGGGUGGGGCUGGUAGCCCAGCAACACAGAGGCAUCCACAGGGUUGGAAGGGAAGCAUUUGAAGUUUUUCUGAUUUUUAUUUUGUUAAGAAUCAUGUAGCCUUUUUAUUAAAUAAAAUUUGUAUUC